CCUCAUAGAGGGCUCCGCCCCGACGCAUCACUUCCGUAAACAAAGGGCACUGUGGAGGCGCGGGUCCCGGGCUGGUGACCAGGGCUGACGACCUGGGCUAUUGCUGCAGCUGUAGCCAGAGGCUUUGGACGCUCCCUGAGCUUUUCCGGUUAAGGAAAGGGAUCCGCAGCCUCUUCUUUCUCCGGUCUUACGAAGCUAGUGUUGAUGCAACGAAGAACUUAAAACAAUGGAAGAGCGGAAAGCGAAGAGGAAGAGUCCCAAGUCGUUCAGUGCCCACUCCACUCAGGUUGCUAAUGCCAAAAAAAAUGCCAUCCCAGCUAGUAAAAGCACGGGCUUUUCAAAUCCCACAGCACAGUCAACUUCCCAGCGGCCAAAGUUAAAGAGGUGGUUUUGUCUUUGUGUCUAUUUGUGCAUGCCUGGUGCCUGUGGAUGUCAGAUGGGAGGGAAUUGGAUCCCCCGGACCUGGAUUAGACAAUUAGUGAUGAAGGAAAAGAACAAACCUCCAGGAGGAGAAGGGAAGGGUGCUCAGGCCACCCCCAUCCAGCACUCCUUCCUCACAGACGUCUCCGAUGUCCAGGAGAUGGAGCGCGGUCUCCUCAGUCUGCUCAAUGACUUCCACUCUGGAAAGCUGCAGGCGUUUGGAAAUGAAUGUUCCAUAGAGCAGAUGGAACAUGUCCGGGGAAUGCAGGAGAAAUUAGCUCGCUUGAAUUUGGAGCUCUACGGGGAGUUAGAGGAACUUCCUGAGGAUAAGCGGAAAGCAGCCAGCGACGCCAACCUGGACAGGCUUCUGUCGGACUUAGAAGAAUUGAAUUCUUCUAUACAGAAACUGCACUUGGCAGAUACACAGGACGUCCCCACCACGUCCGCCCGCUAGCGCAGUGUGCAGCCUGCUCUGGGGACUUGCAGAGAGGCAGCAGUCCUUACUCUUCCAGCCGAGUCCAGUAGCGGAAUCAUCUUCCACCACAAAACUCAAGUAAGGAAAGCGCAAGGGCCGUGACCGUGUUCCCACGCCGCUUCUCGUCAGUGUGCUUGCUGUAACUCACCGCUGUGGCUGUGGCCUGGCUGCGCAUCGGAUCAGGGUCAGGAAGCGGGAUGCCAAGCUGUGCUGCUGUGUCUUCUGUUGCCUUAAGGGUUAUACUUGAAAUGCUUCGUGCUAAACGUUCUGUAGGGCUGAAGGAUCUGUGCUUGCUGCGAUCACCACACUGACCCGGUUCCGGUCAUGCGUUGGUGGCGCACAGGCCUCCUGUGGCAGCCCAGCUUCAGUUUACGUCAGACAAUCGGUACACAUGCAGGUGUGUUCCCCAAUGGCCAGUGACAAAUGUUGGAUAAGUAUUUGUGAGAUUUGCUAUUUUUAAUAAAGUGAUUGUUUUAAAA